CGCGCAGGGAAGGAGCGGGGGCGCGCAGAGGCUGUGCUGUGCCGUGCCGGGUUGCGCGCAGUGCAGCGCAGGCGGGGUGGGGAAGGGAAGGGGAAGGGAACCGGAGCUGAGAGUCGGGAGUGGAGGAGAGCAGGAGGCCGGAGCUGAGCUGGCAGCAGCGGAGAUGGCGGAGCAUCCGCAGCAGCCGUGGAGCCAGCCCAGAGAGAGGCAGGGCACGCCAGAGCCCCGGGUGGGCAGCGGCCGGGCCAGGCCGGCGGGACUGGCCUCGGCAGGAAGCUGAGCCUAAGGGCCCAGGGCAGGAGACAAGCCAUUUCAGGAAGGAUAGAGGCAAGGUUGGGGAGACCUUGCGUCUCUCCUGGAGAGCUCCCAUCUUGAGGGGAGGCAGAAAACAGGUGGCUCCGUGAUUAUGCUGAGCCCCGCCCAUGGAGACCCACGCGGACCUUCCGGUGCUGGAGACGAGUGAUGGACCCGGAGCAGGGGCUGCAGUGGCCAGCUCCGAGGAUGCUGGCUGGGCUGCGGGACCAUUCCCUGGGGGCUUCCGGGCUUCGCUGGCGGGCGUGCUGCUUCUGGAGCUCGCCCUGGGCCUGGGCUGCAACGCUGCUGCCCUGCUUCUGCAUAGGGCCAGAGCCGGCCCCAGGGCCUCAGCCAGCGCGCGCCUCACCCUCAGCCUGCACGUGCUGGACACGCUCAUCUGUGCGCUUUGUGUCCCGCUCAGUGUCGCCGUACUCCUACUGCCCACAACGCCGCCUCGCGUUCCGGCUUCGGGUCGCCCCGCAAGCCUGCUCUGCCGCUUCCACGAGGCCGGGGUCACCUUCAGCGGCGUGGCCACGGCAGCAGGCGUGCUGGCCGUGAGCCUGGACCGCUAUGAUAUGUCCGCGCGCCCCGCGCGCCGUCGCCUCACGCCCGCGCGCGCUCUCUUGCUCCUGGCCAUCGCUUGGCUGCUCUCUGUGGCAGCCUUUCUCUUGCCCUUCGUGGAGGCCGGGCUGGCGCCGGGGGCGUGGGAUGAGGUCUCGGGUGCUGACAACCGCACAGGCAUGUCUUGUGUAGGUACGGGCGUAGACGGGGGCGUGGCAGGCCGGGGGUCCCCUGCUGGCAGGGGCCACCUCCUGGUGCAGAUCCCGGCCUUUGUGGCGGCUCUUGUGGGACUGCUGGUGACCUACGCGCGCGUUCUCCAUGCGCUGAGCGCGGGCCUCGGUGCACGAGCCAGUCGGAGGAGGAGAAGGGGUAGGCGGCGAGGACGUGGAUGUGGGGCUGGGGCCGGGGCCGGGGCCGGAGAGGCGCGGGGGCUGAGUCCGAUGCCGCCACCGGCGACCGCGUCCGCCCCAAGCCCCGCGCCCCCGCCGCCAGCCCUGCAAACAUCGGUGUCUGUGAUUCUAGCGCUGCGCCGAGCCGUGCGCAGGCACCGCGACCGGCGGGCUCGGAGGCGGCGGGUUUUGCGCCGGUCGCUGCUCAUCGUCAGCUCCUUUGUGGGAUGCUGGGCUCCGUUGUCUGUGGGCAAUCUGCUACUUCUGUGCAUGGGCCCCAGCGAGCGGCUGGCCCGCCUACGGCUCUGCUGCCUGGCGGCCGCCUACGGUACCACAGUACUACAUCCGCUGCUCUACGCCUUCCCUCGCCGUUCGCUCAGCCGGGCGCUGCGAAGCCAGGCCCGGAGGCACGCUGUGUGCGCCUUGAGACCCGAACCACCUGCUCCGGCUGCUGCAAUUGUGCGGAAUUCCUGGCUGAGAACGCGCAAAGGCCAGGGCGAGGCAGAGGAAGCCGGGGACCGUGGUUUGGCCUUGGAUGGGCAGCCUCCGGGCUGAGGACUUCAACUGUUGCCCCUGCCCUGCAGGCACCCAGGGAGGAAGGGUAACACCGAUUUCCCCAGGAUCCUUGAUUCAAGGGUGCCCAUGGACUGACAGCCUCAUCCAGGUGCAUCUUCCCUGCGAGUGCCCAGGCAUCAUCUUGCUUUCCUGACCCAAAGGUGUCCACAGACUGAGGGCCUCAACCCAAUGUCCCUGCCCUGGAGGUGGAUGCCCACUAGCUGAAGGUCUCAUUCAUCAACCCUGUCCUGCAGAUGAGCACAGACUGGAGACUUCCUUUGCUCUCCUGCUCUGAGUGGUCUGGGGGCCCAGGACUUGUCACCAGCACCCACCACCCCUGGGCCCCUAGAACCUGCAGAGGAGAUGGAGGAGAGCCUCCUCUAAGCUCAAAUUCCUGCCAGCACAGUCCCAUCACCCAUCACCAAAGAAAGCACAGUCUCCAUUCUUUUUCACAACGUCCCUAGCCACCACAGAGUGUGGCUGCUCCUGGGGAUGGUGGGGUGCCCCUGUUUGCUGCACCAUUGAGGCAAUAAUGGAGCUAGGGAAAAGAAAACCCCGCAGGAGACCCACUGCCCUGACUGGGCUCAUCACAGCAAUAACUCCAGAUGGAAAAAAAUAACUCCAGAUGGAGGUCCUCAAUUACCCCAUUCCUGACCCCAAAGAGUCACCAGCCUGAGAGACACCACCUCCCCAAUUACAGGUUUAGCUAGGGGGUGGGAUCCUGUCUGGUCUUCCUGUCUGUCCUUUGCUUGUCCUAGAGGGGACUAGGUAGGUGUCUGUCUUCUCCCUACCAGCACCUUCCCAGGAGGGAAAAGUGUAGUAUUGUUCCUUAUAGCGGGGGUGGGAAUGGGGGCGACAGGGGGGGCAGGCCAGAGUUCCUUCGGACUUUGGCCAAACUGCCAGGGUUAAGGACUGGCUCUCAGUAUAAAUCCUCCAGGGUGUGAUUUUACUGGGGGUGCCCAGGGCCUUAGGCAGCUGCUUUCCCUAUUUGGGCAAGAAAAGUAAAUGCCCUAGAGGGGAAGCCCUAUCCCUACAUGUAGUUUUUACUUUUAAUACUGUCCAGUCUGGUGUGAUUUUUCCAGUAGCGUUCAGUUUUCCUGGUGUCUGAGGUGGCCCCAGGUCUUUCUGUAAAAUACUUGCAAAGGAUCUACUCCUUCCCCUCUUAACUAAAUAAACUUGAUCACCAUC